AUGACUGAAGGGCUGGAGAUCCCCGAGACCGGGCUGUCUCUCCGUCCCGGCCCCUCGUCCGAGACGUCUGCGGCGAAACCCGCCCAAAUCAUGCGGCUGAACCUGGCUCAGCAUACCCUUGACGAUCUCAUCGGCCACCUCCUCCGCAAUGACAACAGCGCCCGAGUCCGCCUGGGCAAACACCCUUCCAUUCACUGGGGCGGCAAGAGUCAGCACUUCCACGCUUACCCCGAGACCCACCGUGCCGAGAUCUACCAGAGCUCAUCCGACAAACAUAACAUCUACUUCACUGGUGCCCUGAGCCACAGUCUCGAGGUGGAAAGGGCCAAGGAGGACAUGGCUGCCUCGGACCAAGCUCUGGCAAAUCUGGAGGAGAGUCUACAAGCCUUUGAGAAGGGGAAAGAAUCGAAAGUGCCUGCCAUGAUUCGACACCCGGAUGAAUACAAGGCCAUUAAGACUGCCGGCGGUGGCAAGAAUACUCCAGAUCUCAAUCGGGGCCUCCUUCGGCCUGCGGCCAACCGUUCUCUCACUGCAAGCCCUCCCCCGGGUGCCGCCAAAUCACCCGCUGGCCUCAUUCCUACCUCCGCCCCCGCCUCUCAGACCAAAAACAACGCCCGCCUCGAAGCCCUCAAAACCCCCUUCAUUCACCUUCUCGCCGUGCGUGCGGUUUCUGCCAAGUUCCUCGCCCGCCAAACUCGCUCCUCUAUUGAAGACUGCACAUCCUCGCCCAAAAGUACGGAACUGAGAACCGCCUCAACCGAUCGCCAGCAGGCAAUUGAGAACGCCAUCUCCGCGUUCGACCGCAUGCGCAUCUCUCGCUCGGACAAGCUCUGGCAGCUACUUCUUCCCAAGGAGGAACGUGGUAAGGGCAAGUGCCUGUCCCGAUUGAAUCUCGGAAACGGGCCUAUCAAGAAAACAGCCACGCCACGAGGUCCUGAUGGGGCCGAUGAUCGGAAGGAUGAGGAUGUGGACCGGGCGUCGGGGUCUAGCAUGACUCAGAAGGCAGACACCGCUACUCACAAGGCCCGGCCCGAUAAGCCUGCCAACAAACAACCGGCCAGCAAACAAUCUGCUAAGGCUAAGAAUACGGCCAAUAGUACGCUGACCGGUCGAGUCACAAAGAAGACUGCCGGGAAGAAGGUCCCGGCGAAGGUGGAUACGAGCAAAUUCAAAUCGUCCGAGUUUGUUCACUCCUCGGAUGAAGAAUCCGAUAUUCCAGAAGCCUCACCCCCUUCUCCUCCUGCUGCACGUCCACCUGCACAGAACAAGCCUUCCGUGAAGAAGGCUCCGGCUCCGAAAAAUCUUCCCGACAAGGCUCAGGUGCCGGCCAAGCGGCCUGCAGAGGCACCCGCUACAACUACAUCUUCCUCCAAGGUCCCCAGGGUUGAUGCACCGAAUCUCAAGCUCGAGUCCACCAAGGCUGCUGCUUCGAAGAAGCCUGCAUCCCGGCCGUCGACAUCGCCCCAGAAACCCUCACCCCUCUCCUCCCCACCAACCAAUGCCUCGGAUGACGGGCCGGGUCGCGCCCGGUCUGACAGCCAAAACCAUUCUUCCAGCUCGUCUUCGUCUUCUCCCUUGAUGUCACAGCUUCGAGCUCAAAAGGCCUCUGCUGCAACUGCCCCCUCGGUGCGGAAGCAGACUGCACAGACCAAUGGAGUGUCCAAGCCUGCCGCAGCCGCUAACCCCUUGAAACGCAAGGCGGAGCCAGAACGCCCGCCAGCCCCGGCUGCUCGCACAACUGGUAACCUGGACCACAAACGGCGCCGUGCAGUCAGUACGUCCAGCGGCGGUAGCACGGGCAGUGCCUCUCCGCCUCUGAGCGAGGAACUUGCACGCCAGAAGCUGCGGGAGAAGUCUCAAGAUUUCAAGCGGAAGUACCAGAAAUAUCUCAACUUCCACCGCAAGCUGGAAGCCCAGGCUCAUCCUGGAAAAGCGGAUCUAGAACUCCUGCAGAAGCAACACGAUCGCCUCGAAGUGCUGAAACAGGAAAUCUGGGAUGAGGAUCGGCGUCUCCGCCGUGAAGCACACCACUAA